AUGUUUGAUGAUCAGGAUGAUACGCCGGUUAGUUUAACAAUUAAUAAAGCUUAUGCCAAUAAAUAUCAAAAUUGGAGAGAAAAAGAAGAAAAACAGAAAUUGAUUGCAAGGUAUGGAAGUGAUGUUGAAGAUGAUUCAGACGAAGAAUCUGAAGAUGAAAAUGGCGAAGAAUGGACAGAAGACGUGGAAAAGGAGUUUCUCCGUUGUUAUUCGAUUCUGAAGAAACGUGAUCCGAAAAUUUAUGAUUCUAACACGAAGUUUUUCAAUACUUCAUCAUCGUCAGAUAAACCCGAUGAGAAAUCAACCACAAAGCCAAAGAAAGAAAAGAAAAUGAACCUCAAGGAUGCCGAAAUUCAAUAUGCAUUAGCAGAAGCAAAAAAAAAUGGAGCAGAAGAUGACGAUGAUAUCAGUCAUAUUCGAACUAAUGGGGGAAAAUCGAUUAUAGAAGAGCAAGAAGAAAUCAAAAGAAGUAUUAAAAAAGCCCUCUCAACGGCGGACGAUGACGAUGACGAUGGAUUAUUUAGCAAGAAAGUUAAAUCUGAAACAGAGAAGACAAAAGAAGAUGAGGAAUAUAUCGAAUGGUUAAAAGGACAGAAGAAAGAAUUACCUGAUUCAACUAUCAAAACCGAUCUGGAAUAUUUGCAUGAGUAUUGGAAUGAUCCAUCAUUAUCUGAGCGUGAUCGGUUCUUACGGGACUUUAUUUUGAAUAAAAAGCAUCUACGUCAUGCUGAUGAUGAUGAAGAUGAUGAAACGAAUAUUCCUUCGUACGAUGAAAUCGUCAAUCAAAAUGAAGAUGAGGAUGAAGAAUUCGAAAAAGCUGAAGAGUUCGAACGAAAGUUUAAUUUUCGUUAUCAAGAGCCCGAUGCUGAAUUCUUGAAACGUUAUCCACGAACGAUCGAUGAUAGUGUUCGACGAAAAGAUGAUCGAAGAAAGUUGAAACGUCAGGAGAAAAAGCAACGAAAGGAACUAGAGCGCAAACAAAAAUCAGAAGAAAUAAAACGUUUGAAAAACUUGAAGAAAAAGGAAAUUUUGGAUAAAAUGAAUCGAUUGAAAACCGUCGCCGGCGAUGACGGUCUACCUUUGAAUAUCGAUGAUCUCAAUGCGGAUUUCGAUCCGAAAGAGUACGAUCGGCGAAUGCAAGAAUUGUUUGAUGAUAAUUAUUAUGCGAAGGAGGUCAAUGAAGAUGAACAAUCUGAAAUAUCCGACGAAGAACUUCAAGUGGAGAAUUGGGAUCGAACAGAUGAACUCGUUGCUUCUAAACCUGUGCAAUCAAAUAAUCAAACAGCAGAAGUAGACCAACAAGCACAAACAAAGAAAUCGAAGAAAAAAUCGAAAUUACGCCAAGCAAUUUCUCAAUCGAAGCCGACAUUUGAUCCAAAAGAGAAAUCUUUCGAACAGUACUUUGACGAAUAUUACAAGCUUGAUUGCGAGGAUUUCAUUGGUGAUACGCCUGUUCGAUUUCAAUACCGAUCAGUUGAACCGAAUGAUUUUGGUUUGACUAUUGAAGAAAUUCUCGCGGCUGAUGAUCGAGAACUGAAUGCUUGGUGUUCAUUGAAGAAAACUUCACAAUAUCGAGCAAAAGACGAAGAAAUUCGAGAUCGACAUGUUUAUAGGAACAAGGCGAAAAACAUCGAAAAGAAGAAAAAGAUUUUGAGCAGUGUUUAUCAAGAAAAAGAUGAAGAAAAUGAAAGUCAUCGUUUGGAAGAACAGCAAAAUAAGUCCGACGUACCGCGCUCUGAUGAGAAAACAUCUCUGCCAUCAUCGAGUGAAACGACGGCAACAACGAUAACAACAACAUCAGAAGUAACAUCGACGAAGAAAAAGAAACGAAAAGGAAAACAUUUAUCGAACGACCAGCGAUUGUUAACUGAUAUGUCCGAUGAACGUUUGCAAGUUUAUGGUUUGAAUCCAAAGCGAUUCAAAAAUUUUAUCAACCAAUGGGAAUAUUCCCAUCCUGUAGAGGCUAAACCGGCGUUUCUCAUUGGUCGAAAAUGUCAAGCCAAUACAUUAAGCACUGUAACUAAUGCAGAAAAAGUAUUGGAUAUUAUUUCACAACUAGAGAAAAUUGCAAUAACAAGGGAUCAAUUACAAGCAACUCGUCUUGGCCGAGAAAUCAACACUAUCAGACAGAAAAUCGAUGCACGAAAGAAAAGUGCCCAACAAACGGGAGAUAAUCCUCAAUCGAUCAUUGAAAUUGCUCAACGAGCGAAGAAACUUCUACGGUCUUGGCAAGGUUUACUUAAUACAGCACAAACUGAUAGUAAUCACUCGUCACCAUCUGUUCCACCUGCAUCAGUCCCUCCGGUAACACCGGUCAAUGGUGAAAGUCACGAACCGUCAUCACCAUCAUCGAAGCCACCUCGUUCUCGUAUAAUAUUAAAAGUGAAAAUCAAUCCAUCAAUAGCAGCAAAUAGUAACAAUGAUAAUAAUAAUAUUACUAAACCAAAACGAAAACAUGACGAAGAAAUCAAUGGUCUAUCUGGCAAACGACGCAAGACACAAGUUGAAACACCGAUUACACCACCACCCCCUAUUUCUCCUGUACCUAUUAUUGAUCCCAGUUUACCAAGACUUAAAACUACUCAGCAACUUCUCAUGGAAAUGCAACUGAAUCAACCUGAUGUUCUUUCGACUCAAACACCAACUGUGAACGCUAUUCUACAGCAUCAAAUCGUAGAUGAAAGCUUACAUGACACGGGAAAAGUUGAUUAUUCAGCUUUACAUCAUGGAAGAGACACAGCUACUUCGAAUGCCAAUACUAAUUAUCAAAAGCAAUUGCCAUCGUCCACCCUUCCAAAUGUUAUAUCUCCUACUAACUCCACAUUGUCAACCGGUUCAUCAUCUUCAAAACGUUCUGGCCUUGUGCGCCGUCCAUCAUCCAAUUUACUUACAGCGAAUACGAAUUGGGAAAAUGGAAGUAGUGCUGGUGGUUCUCCAAUAUCUCCAUCUUCAUCGUCAUCUUCAUCUAUUGGUAGUGCGACGUCGUGGCCUAUUUCUACAAACAUUCCAGACCCGCCAUCAUCUAUACCUGUCAUUCCAAAAAAGAAACGUCGAAGAAAAGCAGGAGAUCAGCAAGAACCACUAGCAACAAUAACAGCACAACAACAGCCUCCUCAAAAACAAAUCGAUUCAUCUACUAUCGAACAGUCAACCCCAUUAUCUCCUGAUCUAACAACCAUAUGUUCAGCUUAUGAUACAGUUGCUGAUCUUGUUGAAGCUCAUCGUCAACGCAUGCUCGAAGAACAUGAUGCACGAGAAUUAGAAGCAAGACCUGAUCUACUUCUGGUUCCCGUCGAUCAACUUGCUUUUGUUUACGAACGAGAAAGGACUAAAGAAUUAAUUCUAACAUCAGACUCAACGUCAACAUCACUGACAAAGGUUGAUACAUUUAAUCAACCAAAUGGUCUGGUUGCUUUACCAUUUAUUGAUUGUCCACUUGAAUUUGAUCUCGUACUGGAUGAAUUAAUCGUACAACAGCCGACGAUGGACACGUAG